UCAGCCCCAUCUCAGCCACACUGCCACGAAGGCCCUGGCAGAGAAGGACAGCUGGCUGGCGAGGCGGAGGAGACCUGGCAGAAGGUCUGGGUGGCUGGCUCUGCUGGACCCUGCCUGAGAUCACAUCUGUCUCUCCCUUCACCUGCCAAUCCCCAGUGCCAGGAAGCCCCUGGAGAAGAUGCCCAUCCAGAUCUUCUGCUCUGUGUCAUUCUCCUCUGGAGAGGAAGCCCCAGGGCCCUUGGGAGAUGUUUGGGGUCCGCACCAGCGGCGGCAGCGGGACAAGUCAGAAUCAGAAGAGGAGGAAGAGAAGGAAAAGGAGGCAGUGAGGAAGAAGGCUAGAGAGGGGGAUUCGCCCAUGGAUUUGGUGGCCUUUGCCAACAGCUGCACCCUGCAUGGCACCAGCCACAUCUUCGUGGAGGGGGGUCCAGGGCCGAGGCAGGCCCUGUGGGCAGUGGCCUUUGUUCUGGCACUGGGUGCCUUCUUGUGCCAGGUAGGGGACCGCGUUGCCUAUUACCUCAGCUACCCGCACGUGACUCUGCUAGACGAGGUGGCCACCACGGAGCUGGCCUUCCCGGCGGUCACCCUCUGCAACGCUAAUGCUGUGCGGCUGUCCCAGCUCAGCUACCCCGACUUGCUCUACCUGGCCCCCAUGCUGGGGCUGGAUGAAAGUGAUGACCCUGGGGUGCCUCUGGCCCCACCGGGGCCUGAGGCCUUCUCUGGGGAGCCCUUUAACCUGCACCGCUUCUACAAUCGCUCUUGCCACCGGCUGGAGGACAUGCUGCUCUAUUGUUCCUACUGCGGGGGGCCCUGUGGCCCUCACAACUUCUCGGUGGUCUUCACACGGUAUGGAAAGUGCUACACAUUCAACUCGGGCCGAGAUGGGCGUCCACGGCUGAAGACCAUGAAGGGUGGGACUGGCAAUGGGCUGGAGAUCAUGCUGGACAUCCAGCAGGACGAGUACCUGCCCGUAUGGGGAGAGACUGAUGAGACGUCCUUCGAAGCGGGCAUCAAAGUGCAGAUCCACAGUCAGGAUGAACCUCCCUUCAUCGACCAGCUGGGCUUUGGUGUGGCCCCAGGGUUCCAGACCUUUGUGUCCUGCCAGGAGCAGCGGCAGCUCAUCUACCUGCCCCCGCCCUGGGGCACCUGCAAAGCUGUUACCAUGGACUCGGAUUUCUUCGACUCCUACAGCAUAACUGCCUGCCGCAUCGACUGUGAGACACGCUACCUGGUGGAGAACUGUAACUGUCGCAUGGUGCACAUGCCAGGGGAUGCCCCAUACUGCACUCCAGAACAGUACAAGGAGUGUGCGGAUCCUGCUCUGGACUUCCUGGUGGAGAAGGACCAGGAAUACUGUGUGUGUGAAAUGCCCUGCAACCUAACCCGCUAUGGCAAGGAGCUGUCCAUGGUCAAGAUCCCCAGCAAAGCGUCAGCCAAGUACCUGGCCAAGAAGUUCAACAAGUCUGAGCAGUACAUAGGGGAGAACAUCCUGGUGCUGGACAUUUUCUUUGAAGUCCUCAACUAUGAGACUAUUGAGCAGAAGAAGGCCUAUGAAAUUGCAGGGCUCCUGGGUGACAUUGGAGGCCAGAUGGGCCUGUUCAUUGGGGCCAGCAUCCUCACAGUACUGGAGCUCUUUGACUACGCCUAUGAGGUCAUUAAGCACAAGCUGUGCAGAAGAGGAAAGUGCCAGAAGGAGGCCAAAAGGAGCAGCGCGGACAAGGGUGUGGCCCUUAGCCUGGAUGACGUCAAAAGACACAACCCGUGUGAGAGCCUCCGGGGCCAUCCUGCCGGGAUGACGUAUGCUGCCAACAUCCUACCUCACCAUCCGGCCCGAGGCACUUUUGAGGACUUUACCUGCUGAGCCCCGCAGGCCACCGUACCAAAGGCCUAGGUGGGGAGGGCUAGGAGAAUAAGGGGGCCCUCAGUUGCGCCCCUCCGCAUCUGCCCUGGGGACUCACUCCCCCCUCCCAAGGUAGUCCCCCACUCCUGGGCAGUCCUUUCCUCUUGUCUGUGGUGAGGAAGGAGUCUUGACCAUAGAGCCCUCUCCCUGCCUCUAUCCCGUUCUUUUUAUUUUUACUGAAACUAAUCUAAAAAAAAAAAAAAACUUAAAAAAAACUAAAAAACUAAAAACUAAAAAGAGAGAAUGGGGCAGGUGACCUCAGGCUGCCCCUUUCUGCUCCAUGCUGCCUCCCCCAGCUCCCAGCCUGAAUUAUGUCUGUCUGGCUGUCUGUCAUCUGACUGUCCACCUACAUUCUGCUGCCACCAGUCACCAAAGCCCCUCCCAGUGGGGGGUGGAGGGGAUCCUUGGGGUCUGGAAUUUGGCCCCGAAUCAGAGAAUGUACCUUGAAGGGGAGGGCUAGUUGCGGGGGGGGCCCCGGGCGCAGGCUUCCCCAGCCUUAAGAGACCCUCUCAGCCCAGUGUCCCCCCAACCGCAAAUUUCCAGGCAAGAACUAAGACCCUAGUCCCCAUUCCCACCCCCUUACAUGUGAAGUCUCUAUCUAGGGAGUUGGGGAUGGGAAUACCCCGAAGAAGUGGAUGAUGGGGAGAAGAUGUGGCCCUGGUGCUGUAGGCCACAUCCUGAUACCUACAAGUUCACCCCCACCCCAGAACUGCUGGAGAGAAAUCCCAAGAGGUAGCACUCCUCUACUGUCCCAUGAAAGAUCCAGCUGGUUGGCUUCCAGCUCAGGGAGAGGGACACUGGUGCCUAACCUCACUGGUCCCUCUCCCAGGGGCCCCUGCGGAGGGCCGCAUCCAUAAAUUUUCUUAUGGAACUCUCCCAAGUCCUCUCCCCCAACUUCAUUUGCUUCUCUCAACAACCUCAUCUGCAUUUUCUAUUUCUAUAUGAUACAGACUCUAUAUUGCUAUAUCUCUGUAUAUACUUUCCCCUAACUCUGUCUGUCUCUACCCCAUCCCCUCUUGUCUCUAAGAACCAUCCUCCCGCUCCAAGUCCCCCUUUCUGUGUUUCUACUCCCUCCCUGGUCUCUGAAUGCCUUCGCCUGUAUAAAGAGUUGGACUCUCUCCCCUGGUGUCUGUACUGUGUACACACAUCCCUCUGAGAAGCACAAGGAGACGACACGCGCAUUGUAACCUUCGCACUGUCUCGGUGGCGACAUAAAGGAAGCUGUGAAUCACAAGCUCUGCCUCUUUCUGGCCUCACCCUCUGCCCCCAACCCGGGCACCCUAUGCCCUUCCCGUAGCCUUAACAUUCCCUCCCCUGUUUCACAAUCACAAAGCCCUUUGCCUGGCUGACUGUGGCCUCCCCAGGGAAGGGAUAGCUGCGGAAAGAGACCCUGCCCAGGGAGUGGAGAUCUGCUCUGCACACCAAGCCAAGGGUGUCAGAGACAAGGGGAACUAUGGUCUUGUAGCUGGAGAGACAGAAGUUCAGGUCCUCAGCCAGUGACCUUUCCUUCCUUCUGGGUGCCCAGCCUCCUUUCCUCACCUGAUACCUAAGCCCACCACUUCUAUUUUCUGGUGAGGUAUGGUUUGGUAAUGGUGGGGAAAAAUACAGGUUUAGAGGGGAAGUUGAAAGCUCUGCUCUUCUGUCUCUCCCUUCCUAUCUUAAUGAGAAAUGAGUGAAGUAGAGGGCCUGCCAUGCCCCCUCCCCCAGGCACUCCUCCUAGGCCAGAGCCCUACCCCUUCCCAGGCCUUCUCCGCCCAACUGUCUCUUGGUCUCCAACCCCAGAACAGGACCUGUGGCAGGUCACCUGUGCACUGCCUGGAGCUAGAGAGUGAGGCUAUGGGAUGUUGGGGGAGCUCUUGGUUCUUAGAAGUUCCUUGGAGAUCAGACCUCUCCAGAGGGAAGCAGGAACAAGGCCAAGGGGUGUGCACCGGAUGGAGAACAGCAGGCAGGGCUACGGGUGACGCAUGCCUCUGGUCUAAUAAACUGGGUUUCAACCAUC